AUGGUUUCAACAGGGGCACAAGAUCCAGAGGUAUCUGCAUCAUUGAAGGGGGCAUCCUCCAAGAAGAUCCUCAAAGCCAUUGUGAGGCCAGCAGCCAUUGCAACAGUGGCACUCAGGGUCAUGCAUCCUGAGCAGUACUGGGCAGGUUUGCAAGCCUUUUCGAGCCUCGGAGAAAAGGCAGAAAGCAAGGAACUGCCGAAGAUGUCAGAGACUCUCCAGUACUGGGCAUCCAUGUUUAACAGCCUGUCUGUCAUUUCCAAUCGGGAAACCCCCAAUCAUUGA